AUGGCCCCUGCUCCGCCCGCUAAUCUGCCUCUGCCUGAGAGACUCAAGGCUCUGGCUCAAACACUGCAAUUUGCUUGGUUCGCUGGGCAUGUGACGCUGCUCCUUUCGGUCUUCCGCUAUGUCCUGUCCUACAUUACGUUCAACUACUACUCCUCGUCGGCGCAGGUAGCUUACCGCCUUGCGUUUGUUUCCGCUGCCGCGACAUACGGAAUUGUGGUCUACAAGGGACACAUUGCCCGUGGCCGUCUCCAGGGCAGUGUUCCCAACAUUGCGCUGAAGCUGGCUGGUGAUGAAAAUGUCCAGUACCUCGGUAUGGCACUGGUCUGGCUCUACUCGCGCCAGAUCCCGUUGGCCCUGCUUCCUUUCAGCGUCUACUCCAUCUUCCAUGUUGCGACUUACACUCGUGCCCACCUGAUUCCCACCAUCCAGGGCCCCGCUCCUGGUGCUGCCCCCGGCUCUCCUGCUUCUCCUAGCGGUCCCAAGCCCGCCGCCAGACCUUCUCCCUUGGCCGAUACCAUUGGACGGUUUGUCAAGCAGUACUAUGACGCCAGCAUGCACCUGGUCGCUCAGCUGGAGAUGUCUCUUCUCCUCCGCUUGGCCGUGGGCAUCCUCACCUUCUCCAAGGGUAGCUUUGUGCUCUUCUUCUUCUACCUGGCCUUCUUCCGCGCCAGAUACUCCCAGAGCUCCUUUGUCCAGCAGGCGGUCCGCCACUUCAUCGCCAGAGUUGAUGCUUCGGUUUCCCACCAGAGCACCCCCCCUGCGGUUCGCCAGGGAUGGGAGUCCUUCAAGGCUGCCGUGGGCCAGGCCUACGAGGCUACGGAUCUCAACCGUAUGAGCUCCGGUGCUGCGAAGAAGCCCCAAUAG